UUUUUGUGAAAAGGGUUAAGUUGUAUACAUAUAAAACUAGUUCUUUUGCAUUCUAAAGUACAUUGUACAUGGCACAACAGAGUUACACAUGGAUGUUUUCCUGUCAUAUUCUGCGUUAUUGGCGCUCUAUUUAUUUCAUUCAUUUGUAAGUUCUGCAAAGAUAAAGAUAGUGAAGCCAGAUGUGUGUGAUAAAUCACACACAUGGUUCCACCAUGGAUGGACAUACACAUAUUCUUUCACAGCAUCUUCAGACUCUGCAUUCAUUGGAGCCUCGGAGUCCAAAGCAGGGUUCAAGUACACGUGUGAUUUUCAUGUUGAUGUCCCCAGAAAAUGUGAGGGAAUAUUAAAGGUUGAUCACUGUAAGCUGCAUGACAGGGAGCCAGGUGCAGAUCCAAAGUACAAGGAGGCAGAGAACUCACUAGUCUUCAGUCAGAAAAUGUCAAAGAAUUGUCUUUACUUUCAAUAUAACCUAGGAGAAGUGAGAAGACAGGGCAUUGUUACCUCUGAGGAGGAAGAGUUAGCCAUUCUUAACAUCAAGCGAGCCAUGCUGUCCUCAUUCCAACUUAAAAUAAUGCCAGUAGACCUGUACAGUAAAGAACCUUACCAACAGACUGACAUCUUCGGAGAAUGUCCAACACAUUAUAAUAUUUCACACUCGGAUCCUGACUUGUUUUACACGGAGCGGAAUUUACGCUUUUGUCAGAUGCCUCAAAUCUACGAGAAACCAAGAAAUAUAUUUUCCAUGAUACAAAGAGUGUAUGGGGGAUAUAAGGUUGGAACUGUUUCCGAGAUUUAUUACCCAUUUUUAUCCAUUGUGAAAUGUGAACACAGAGUAACUGACAAGCAUCGCCUGAAAGAAGUGGAUUGUCUCCAGCAGCAGAUAUUUCAGCCCAGUGCCUAUAAUGGUUCCAUUUACGCAUCAUACAUGACUAAUGCUAGCCAGUCUUUAGAACUGAUUGAAGUGAAGAAACUAAGCACACGGGCUGUCAACAGAAGAAUCAGAGGUAAAAAGUAUGUAGACAUUUUGUUUGAGUUUGAAGAAGAAACAACACCAGAAGUGACCAUGGAAACAAUCAACAGCUUGCUUCAGAAGAUGGUAGAAAGUGUGAGAAAAGAUAAAGUGGAAGAUCUUCCCCAGUUCUACAAUCAGCUUGUCAUGGACAUGAAGAGGGCAGACAAUCAAACUCUCUCAGUCGCAAUGUCACAUAUCUGGAAUUGUCAUGGCAACAAUAGUGUCAACUGUGAUUCUGUUCACCAGUUGAUGGAGAAGGACUACUUCCUGGACGCCCUAUUGUCCUGCGGUUCCUAUACCUGUCUGAGAACAUUCACUCACUGUCUACAGAGUGGCCAUGUGUCCGACCCUCUCCUCAGCUCCCUGUUUACAUACGACCUGGCCAUUAACCAUGAAACAUCACCACAAGCUCUCUCUGUUUUGUAUGAUAUGUGUAAAAAUAAGAACCAAAUGGUUUGUUGGCUACCUUUGGGUAUAAUGGUGCAUAGAUUCCUGGGAGAAACAGACAAUAAAGAGUUUCAAAAGGAUGAUCCAGUAUCUCAGAUUAUGACACAUGUCGCGGGUGAGAUAGGUGACAACUGUAAAUCUGAGAUAUGGGAGGGCCUCGGUGUGGAUGAGAAGAUAAAUAAACAUGGCAACCUUUUACUUAUGUUUAAGAUGUUUGGUAAUGUUGGUAAAAUUAUUCAAAAGUUUUCAUCAAUAAAUUUCACGGUCAGCACAUUGGUAAAAUCCAUCCAAAUUUGUGUGGAAAACCGUAAUGUUCCAUAUCACCUGUCUAAAACUGCUAUCCAGGCCCUAGCUGCCUUGGACAUGACAGAGGACAUUCAGUCCUCCCUACUGACCGUUCUGUAUGAUGUCAACAGGAAGGCAUCACUCCGGACCCAGGCCUUCAGGAGACUGGCCGACACUACAGAUGAGGGCCUGAUAACCAAACUACUGGAGACUGUACACACUGAACCCAUAGACAACAUCAAACUGUACAUGUCAUCUUAUAUAGAGGCAGUGUUAGAAAAUGACCAGCCAGAUAGGAUAGGACUUAGGGAUCUCUGGACAAAAGUGAUAGAGAAGGAUGGAAGAAGACUUCCCUCUCCCUCAUCUUUCUUACAGGGGAAAUCUCAUUACAUUGACUUGUCCAGAUACUUUAAGUUGCCGUUUACCGUCACCUUUGAUGGUCUGCAGCUGGAGAUAGACGUGGUACGUGAUACUGUCAGGACUGACUUUCAGGCAUACAGCAUCAAAUUAAACUACUACCAUGGAAAGAAGCAGAAUAUUCUGGAACUGGAAGCAGAUUUACAGGGACUUCAAAGCCUGCUCAACAGUGCUCUAAGUAGGAAUAAAGGUUUCUACUAUCUAGCAUCACUUUUCACGGGAUUUAAGAAAGCAGUGGAAAAUUCUGCCCCAGUCGACUUGUCGGAGAUGUUUGGUCACUUUCACCCAGACCUAGUCAAGGAGAUCCGGGACCUGUUUCAGCUUGUUAACUACCAAAGUGAUAAAGAGCAAUUUGGAGGACUUCUACACUUUAAAAUAUUUGGUCAUGAAGUUGCAUAUGCUGAUGUUCAUACUCUACUUGAGUAUUUGAGUGCAGAAAAUCUUAAGAAAAAAGGAAAUGAAAUCCUGGAACUCUUAAUGCUUCAUUUUAACAAGGGUUAUCAUCGUAUCAAAACUAGGUCGUCCAAAAUCAUGGACCUCACAAAAGUUCUGCCGACCGUCAGUGGGGCAUCCCUUGCUAUGAAUGUCCUCUUCACACACACAACUGCCACAGAGGUCAAAGCCAAAUUAACACUGAAGAAAUUUCUGCUGGGAAUGGGACCUGUGGAUGUUCAAUCUAAAAUUUUUCAUAAAGGAGCUUUUGAAUUUUUGGGACAAAUGACUGUAAAGUUGCCUUCACUGAUCACCAAGAGAGGCCGGAUGGUUACACAGGGAACAGUGGGAGGGAAGUUUGAUGUGGAGGCACAACUACAGGCUGGGAAUCCACACAAAGACGUGAUUAAACACUUCAUUCUAACAAUACUCAGCAAAGAGGAUGGGACAAAAAUGGAGCUAGCUUCAGUCAAAAGCAGGCUUCUUUUGAUGCAUGGUAAUGACAAAGAUGUAGAGGAGAUCCCCUACCUUCCAGCUUAUCAUGGAACAUUUGAGCAGUGCUACAACUGGUCACUGUUGACAGAUCAACAAACAUGCAUUAUUGCAGAGUAUCCUAAUGUUACCACCUCCAGAUCACAUGCUUACUUCCCUUUAUCGGGCCCCUUCUCAGCUUCAGUCACCAGGAAAAACAGCACAUUCAAGGAUUUAAAAAUAGUUGCUGAUUACAAAGAGAGAAAGGAUUUGAAGGAUAGGCAUAUAGAGAUCCUGACAGAAACUACAGGUGGUCACGAAAAUCAAAAACUAAACUUCACUUUGACAAACCUGAAAAUGGCAGACUAUUCAUUUUCUGCGCAUCUUGUUACAUCAAGCAAAAAUCUUUCCUUUGAUGCCAUAAAUGAGAAUGACAGAGCAAAUAAUAUGAGGUUGAAUAAAAGAGUCAAAGGACUACGUGUGUAUAGCAAGGGACAUCCUUUGUAUGGGCUUAUUAUGGAGGAAACAUUUACCGGUAGUGAUGUAGGAGGAACAUUGACCAGAAACAGCUCUAUUGAAAUAAGUGCUCCGGAGUUUGAAGUCAACUUCAUCUGGGAUAAAAUAAGAUACAAUCAUGAUCAUAUAUACAGGAAGCUACAGAGAAAACUGUUCUGCACUAAGGCUUGGCCCUCCCUAUAUCCACUGCACUUCAACACAAAAUAUGCAUCAAAGAAUCUAGACAGAACUGAUGUAUUUAUUGAAAUGGAAUUAAGUGAUUUCAAUAAAAAUGAAACUUCAAUAAGAAAUUACACUAUUCACUUAGGAUAUCCAGGUCAAGAAGUUGAAGUAGAAUACAGAGAAGAAAACAAUGACACACUUUUUGAUAUUUCAGCAGAUGUCUCAUUCCUCAGACAGCAUCAACAACAGGUUAAUUUUAUGAUAAAUGCCAAGAUAGAAAAGCCUGAUGAAGCAAAGAAUUCUGGAUAUCAGUGUAACAUACUGCUGGAACAGAAAGGCAGAUACAUUGUGAAUGUCUCAAGCCAUAUCAGUCUGUCUCAAAAUAUAGGAGCAGAUAUAGAUGUGUUCUAUAAACUGUUUAAUUCUGCAGACCUACACAACUCCAAGAAUUUAAAAUCAAAAUCAAGCACAUAUGGACAAGAUGGUGAUGGGCCAUACUCAGAGUGUGAAUGGUCUGGAAUAUUACGUAAACAGAAGUGGAGAAUGAAGGCAAAUCUGACAUCCAGGAGAACUCCUCUGAUUUUACAACAGGGCCCUGCAACAAACUUAGACUACACACUUAUCUUUGUGUACCCCUCCUGUGACAACUAUGUGUACUUGAUUGGUAAUGGGUCUAUUGGAAAACUGAUCAGAAACACUUUUUUUAACAGCAGGCAUUGGUUCAACUCAAGUUUACUGUAUGGAAGACAGAAGGAAUUUGAUGUCUCCAGAGAGGACUUAGAUGCAUCUGUUACUGCAGAUAUCAACUUAUUUGCCAAACAGAUUUAUUUUGAAGAUUGUGAAUUAAGUUCUUCCUUAAAUAUUACAAAUACUGUGCAACCCAGUUGGAAUUUCAACAUGUCCAAUCAAAUCUCACUGAAAAAACAAGAAUGGAAGCUACAAGAUCAGAAGAAGAAAAACGAGACUGUGACAGUGAUAUUCAGAGCCCACCAAGUUACUCCAUGGAAGCUCCUCGACUAUCAGACAGACAAUACUGUAGUUCUUAAUUCAACUGAUCAAUCGCAGGAAUACCUUGUGGAUAUUAUCUUGGGAUACUCCAACUCAUACUGGACAUCCAGACACAAUAUUACAAUCAAAGGAAACCAUUCCAAAGCAUUCCUCAAUCACAGCGGAACCAUUCAAAGCAAGAUCUCUUUUAUUCCGAUGGAUAUGACAUUUGGUAUUGCUGGGAAGUUUGAUUCUUGGAAAGUUGGACAGUUUGAUAUCCAGGGUAAAUUCUCCAAGUGGAACAAAAACUUUGUGGUGGAUGUCCAGUUUGUCUCACCCAUACAUAUUAAUGUAACACUGACUUCAGAAGUUCAGUCCAAUGUGAGCCGUGUCCUGACUAUGGAGAGUGAAGUGACUGGGUCGACUCAGAUCACACACAAUCUGUCCUGGCCCACAGAUAAAACAACCCUACUCCAUCAGCUGAGGGCCAUCAAGACAUCUGUACACUUUGUGGGGCAGGCUCUCAUUUCAGCAAGCAAAACAAUGAUGACAAAUCUUAGGAAGACAUUCCCAGAUAAAGAAAUCCCUUUUCUGAACAUGACAGUGAGUACUUUUUACAAGAGUCACCUGGAGCCAUUUCUGCAAACUGUUCCCCUUAUUAGUCCAGUUAGACGUAUAUUAGAGUCUAAACUGAUUUUUGAGAAUGAAACAGGAUCAGCAUUUAUUUGGCACUUGGAUGUGUACAUUGCUGAAUUGCUAAAGAUCAUUGGACAUUCACUCCAGAACCCCCCUGGCCUUUUGUUAGGGACCACAAACAGCUUGAACAGGAAAUUCCUUGAGGUCUUAAAGGAGGGCAAACUAGUCUGGGUACAGCCAUUCCCACUUAAGAUGAAGACAAUUUUACAUUGGAGGGAGACCAUUGGUCAGAGGUACCUGUCUGAUGUUUUAUCUGUACUAAAGAGAAGGAAACCUCCACAGCCCUCAAACCAUAAAGCCAUCAUACAGGGGUUCAGACAAAUCACAACAUUUGAUGGGAAAUCAUUUCAAAUUCCAGAGAACAAGCUAGAGUGUAAACACCUGUUAGUAGCUGAUUUCCACCGCGGAAGGUUUGCAGUAGUCAUGUCUGUCAGUGAAAUUUCUCUGUUUACCGUGGACAGUUUUGUUACCGUGGACAACAAUGGAAGAUUAUUCCUUGGAGAUUGUGAUGUUUCAGUUGGCACACUACCAUCUACCCAGAAAGACGCACAAAUAAGCAAACCCAACAACCACACAAUAAAUAUAAAAACAACUCAUGGCAUUAACCUGACCUUCUUUAUUCCUCAUAAUGAAUGCCGUGUGGAGCUGUCGCCUGAGUUCAGUAACGAGACGCUGGGACUGCUGGGAAAUCCGGACUCUGAGGAGGGGACAGACUGGAGGGACCCCCGGGGAGUCAUAUUACAGAAACUCAGUCAAUUCCUCCCAGCCUACGCUCUCGGUGGACCCAAAUACUGUCAUCAAGAAGGGAAAAUCCAGAAUGUCACCCAGAACUAUACUCACACCAUGACCUCUGACCCCGGUGCUACCCCGGUAGAUAUUGUCCUGGUUGUCCCUGAGUCCCUGGAGGGUGUGGAGGACCUGGACUCUGUACUACUGGAGCUGAUCCUGUCCAUACAGGGGAGAUUUACAGACACACAGAUCGGUGUUAUGAUCUACGACAGUAAGGACACAACAGAACCUGCUCAAUACUUGAUGGAUGUGAAGUCUAUCAAUGAAGCUACAUUACAGAAGAUUCUGAGGAGAGAGAGAGAGUCCCGGGCAGCUCUGGUUCUACCUCUGGCAGCUUCUUAUCCCUACAGAGUACAUAGCCAUAAAGUCCUACUGCUGCUCUCUCCAGAAAUGGAUAUCUUAGAUUUCACCAGCUCAGAAAACAUGAAGAUUUUGUUGGAACGCAGGAAGAUAACUUUAUACCUGGCAUCUGUAUAUGAGAGACUGAAAAACAAAGUAAUAGGGAUCAGCUGGGACAAUCGUGCCAUCAUGUACCCCUCUGAGAGAUUCAAACUAUUGUCUUUCCCAAAGGGUAAUUCCAUGAAACUUUUGGAAGAUACAUCAGGAGCACUUUUUAAAAUUCAGGCAAUAACCCAAAAAGACAGAAGUAGAAUUGAUGCUCUUAUACAAUACCUGUAUGAGGAAAUUUCAAAUAACAGUCAUUGUGAAUGAAUGAGCCUGGACAUUGAUUUAAAUUUAUAUCCGGUAUUCAAGCAAACAUGGUUGUGUGUAUGAUGAUAUAUGACAUAAUGGAUGAAUGUAUUAAUUAAAAGCUCACAAAAGGUUUUCCAAACAAAUUGUAGUAUCAAUUCAAAUUUUUCCUUUUUUUUUUUUGGUAGUCAUGAACUUUAUUUACUUUUAUAGUCAAUGACAUGUACAUGUAUUUUUCACACCCACUAGGGAAAAUCAUUUGUUCUGCAAAAUACCUGAACAGUUAUCUUUACCUCUUAGUUUAAAAAUGAUAUACUGUAUAAAUAAUUAUGCAUUUUUUAAAUUAACUACAUGUAAAUUGGAAUGUCAGAACACAUAUUGAACCCACUGAAUGUUAUGAAAAAUAACACCACCACCAUCAAUUGGCAAGGAUUUUAUCAACAAACAAAGAAUGCAUAAAAUCAAUGAUCAGGAUCAGAGCAGUGAUUGGUUAUGGUUGGAUAAUUUAUAUCACUGUGGUUCUAUAAUGCCGCAGAACAUAUACCCAAGAAAUCUUGUACCCAAAAUGGAGGAGAACACUUGAAAAAUACAGACCACAGAGACUAUAGUUCAAAUAAAAUUGUUAUUGGAGAAGUUUUAAA